AUGAAUUUCUCAGUGGAAAGUGAAGUUGAUAGUAACACGACUGACAGUGCAGAUGGUUCCUAUUUCUUAGUAUCUAGUUAUUCAUUGCUCGAUUUUUACAUUGGUCUCGGCUUGGCCAUUUCAUCAUCCUUAUUUAUUGGUAGUUCAUUUAUCAUCAAGAAAAAAGCACUUAUCAAGCUUGCGCAAAUUGAUUGUACCCAUCGUGCCUCUGAAGGAGGUUUCGGUUAUCUACGUGAAUGGUUGUGGUGGUUUGGCGUAUUGACUAUGGGUACUGGUGAGGCGUGUAAUUUUGCAGCAUAUGCUUUUGCACCAGCAAGUCUAGUAACACCACUUGGUGUGCUUAGUGUCAUUGUGACAGCAGUACUGUCAUCGAAAUUGCUCAAAGAACGUUUAAAUCUGCUAGGUAAAAUCGGUUGUGCGGUUUGUCUUCUUGGUUCAACAGUAAUCGUCUUACACUCACCGAAGGAAGAAGAGGUUUCUAAUAUGGCUGAUUUGGCUCUUAAAAUGAGAGAUGCAGGUUUCAUUUUCUAUGUGGUAGCAGUGAUUUUGGUAUCACUAAUAAUGAUUAUUUGUGUGGCACCACGUUUCGGCCGUUCUAACAUUUUGGUGUAUAUAUUUAUUUGUUCUAUUAUUGGUUCUCUUUCUGUGCUAUCUGUUAAAGGACUUGGUUUAGCCAUUAAGGAAACAAUUGGUGGGAAGCAACAAUUUACUAAUUUUCUUACAUGGUUUUGGCUUGUUGCUGUAAUUCUUUGUAUUUCCAUACAACUGAUAUAUUUGAAUAAAUCCCUGGAUAUGUACAACACAUCGAUGGUAACGCCUAUAUAUUAUGUAUUCUUCACAACGUUUGUAAUACUGGCCUCAUCGAUUUUAUACAAAGAAUGGUCUCGCUUGGGCGCAAGCGAUGUUUUAGGCAAUGUUGUCGGUUUCCUGAUCACAAUCAUUGGCAUUUUCCAGAUGCAGUUGUUCCGUGAUGUGAAUAUAACGCUGCGACACUUGCGAAUGCUUAUUCAUAAGCCUUCGACAAAUAUAAAUUCAUUCGAAACAAUGAAUAGUGCUACAUCGUUGGUUGAUGAUUUGCCAGGAGGUGCUGCAAAUCAUCAACAAAUCUACACUUAG